AUGUUUGAACAACAGAUGGCUCAAGUUGGUUAUGAUUGCUACUUCUUCUACUACUCGAGCUGCAACAAGGGACCCGCUUGUCCAUUCCGACACAGUGCACCUGCACUUGGCAAGGAAGACGUCUGUCAAGAUUGGGCCAGAGGAAGCUGUAUUGUUCCGAAUUGUGCACGUCGCCACAUGGGAAUACAUAAAGACCGUGGCAGCAUGCCAUGCUACUGGGAGUCUCAGCAAAUGCGGUGCAUCAAGCCGUUCUGCCCAUUCAAGCUUUUGAAGCCCCGUCCUGAUGCGCCUCUGCAAACUGGCCAAGUACAACCCACUACGACUGCACCUCAAGGAAAUCCAGUCAAAGCUGGACCAGCGCAGGUGCUUCCACCUGAUUUCAAGUUGCUGAUAACCAUACCUGGUGACAGCAAUGCACAGCGCAGCCCUACCAUCCGGACUAUUGGCAAUUCUCAAGAAAGACUGCGACACGCCCGAACACAAGGGGUUGCCACCGACUCAACUGCCGCUGACUCCAGAAUGGAUAUGAGAAGAGCAACUCGAGCCAAAAGCCGAUACCAUUUGGUUCAUGCUCGCGAUCAUCCAAAUCAACAGCAUAGAUUUGGACCUGCAAGGCAUGGUCCAAUUCGUUUGUUACCAACGAAAAGGGCAGCAUUUGUUCAGCAAAAAGACCAAACGAAGCCGUUAGCCAAACGACGCAGGCCUGAGAGGCAGACAUCAUCAUCUGCUCAAAGGCAGACAUCAUCAUCUGCUCAAAGGCAGACACUACCAUCGUGCCCUCUUCAGUCCAGUGGGCUGUCCGUCAAGGAGCUAAGAGCCAAACGCUUUUCCAAGCAACAGCAGCUCCAGCAGCAGCGUCAGCAGGACACAGAACAAGAACAGAGAAGAGAACCCUGGGCUAAGGUGCAUGCCAACACCAAGCCACUGCCUUUAAAAGCCACCCAAAAGCCUGGUGAUGUUCCAGCGACCCCACCAGCGUCCACCGCUGCUGGUAUUCACAUCAAGUCUUUAGAUGAAAUCCGUGCUGAGAAACGCAAGCACCAUGAGACCACUAGUGACAGCACUAUAUCUGCAGCAGGCACCUGUCAAAGGAGACCGGCCGAUAGUCAGACUUCCACUAUUCAAAGGAGACCGGCCGAUUCAACCAGCAAGGAAUCCACAUCAGUAGUUGUCAGUUCAGCAAGCAAGAGUGUAUGUAGUUCAGUACUGAGUACUGCACCUACCAAGAGUUCCACUCAAGCGGUAACACCUGCUAAGAUAACAAGACUCAGCAGUCAUUCUUCUGCUAAGAAGGAAAGCCCAGCCACUACGAAGGUGUCCCAAAGUGAAGGAAGUGAAGUUCCUUCCACUGCUGAUACUACUACUAUGAAGUCUGAUGCCAAGUCUGAAUUUGAUUGGCUCGAUGACAUCAACCUGCUGGAUGACGAUGUAUUUGAGAAAGCGAUGAAGGAAUUUGUUGGUGACGUAACCUACGUCGACUUGAAUAAGCCAGACCUUGACGAAACAGUCAACAGCGAAGAUCUACUCCUGGAAGCGGAGCUGAUGAUUUAGACUAAGAGAAAUUUUGUGUAUUGUCAGAGUGCACAGUGUGCUCCUCAUUUGCCAUGCCUACA